CAAAGGUAAUUUUGUACGUCGGCGUGGUGGUUUGGCGCCAGCAGUUUCGCGGGGCAAGGAAAGCACACAAGAGAGGAAGGAAGCCAAAAAUAUUGAACAAAAUAAAAACUGCAGAACAUAGGUACAAACACCACGAAGUGAACUGGACCGGUGGCCUUACUGGCUUUGAUGUUGUGUCUGCGUCGUUUCUGCUUCCUGCGUUUCGUCCUGAACUCCCGAGAUCUGGAUACAGUGGAGGCUGAACGCAGCUACACUUAAAUCUCACUGAGGCCUUGAGGAGGGGAGUAAUAAUGAUGGCGUCUGCGGAGCCUCCGACCAGUUCCAGCCUUCUCCCCCUGCUGGAGUCUCUGGAGGACAGCGCUGCUGGACAGUCAGAGCAGACGGAUGCCUACCUCACCAUAGCCAAUCGGCUCAGUGGAGAGGAAGGCCAGCAGUUUCUCCCUGCAGUUGCAAAGCAGUUUUCUCGUUUGGGUAAAGUCAUCUUGGUUCACAUAACCAGUCAGAAUGCAGAGCUGAGCCAAGCUGCUCUGCAGGCUUUAGGGUUUUGUUUGUACCAUUCUCACGUUGUCUCUGGAGUGCCUGAAACCUUGGCAUCAGAAAUCUUAUCAGCUCUUUGCUCCCUGGUAGUGAAGUCGGCAGAUAAAAACACGUGCACCAGAGCAUUAUGGGUCAUUUCCAAACAGAGCUUUCCUUCAGAUGUGGUUGGCAAAAAAGUGUCCUCUAUACUGGGAACACUGGAGUGUGUGUGUAGCAGAGAGGACAUCCAGUCUGUGGUGAUGGAGCAUGAGGCCUUAAACGUUGUCAUCAGGAUGCUGGAGCAAGCGCCAGCCCAGAUGGGUGAAGGAGCAUUGCGAUGGGCGAAGCUUGUCAUCCCGCUGGUGGUCCACUCGGCCUCCAAGGUGCGCCUACGGGCCGCGGCAGCCAUGGAGAUGGGCAUGCCUCUUCUCCUGGAAAAGCAGAUGGAAGUGGCUGGUAUCAUCGAGCCAAUGAUGUCCUCAAAACUGAUCCCAGAGCUUCAGAAACUUUUCAUGUCCAAGAAUGAAACCAAUGUCCUCAAGCUCUGGCCCUUAUUUGUGAAACUGCUCGGGAAGUUGCUGCACAGAGGAGGUCCCUUCAUCAACUCUCUGCUGCAUCUGGAGGAACUUGGUUUCCGCAGCUCUUCUCCCACAAUCAAGAAGAUUGCCUUCAUUGCCUGGAAGAGCCUCAUAGAUAACUUUGCCCUUAAUCCAGCCAUCCUAUGCAGUGCCAAACGUGUGAAGCUCCUGAUGCAGCCGCUCGCGUCGAUCAAUGUCAGGACGGAGGCCCUGAUGCUCACCAAGGUGGAGGUCUGGUGGUACCUGGUGGUCCAACUCGGUCCCAACCUGUCACCCAUUUUUGAUCAGGUUUCUGUUCCUCUUCUACAGUGCACUAUUGGAUCUGACGCCUCAGUUCAAAGCAUCCCUUCUAGAGCCGUCAGUCAAAAUGGUGCUGUCACACCUGGCACACCCAAGACUAGCACUUCAGGCUUGAACAGCUUCAGCAGUCCUGCCAAUAUGUCUCGCAUGAGCCUGAACUCCAGCAUCCAGAUCCCGUCCACCUUCACCUCCAUCCAGCUGCUGGGCCUGGAAAUGUUGCUUCACUAUUUUCUGGGACCAGAGGUUGUUGCCACGGCAGCAAAGAAAACACUCACCCUCAGUCUUGAGCCCUUGAACCACCCACUCCUCUCUGGCGCUUCCGCUUUCACUAAACAUGCUGCUGUGCUCACCUCAAACAUCAGAGAUGGAUUCACCAACGUAGGCAAAGACGCUCCAGAUUCUCUUUUGGCUGUCAUAUGGACGAGUCUUGUCCGGUUUGUCAACCUAACUAUAGAGUCUGUUGGCAGUAAGAAGGAUCGUCACGGCAGUGAAGUUCUGACACUUAUGCUUCAGGCUCUGCAGAGCAUCGUAACCUCAGAAGCUCUGCCUGCUGACAAAGUCCUGAUUCUGUUUGAGGCCACGGUGAAAGGUAUUCCCCAGAGAGUUCUUGGGUCUGCCUCCUAUCAAGUGGGCAAGAUGGAUGUGCUGAAUGGAACGCCAGCUCUGUUCCUCAUUCUUCUCCUCUACAACAGCAACAUGCUCUCAGCCUACAUAGAGGACGAGAGGUUUUUUCAGUGCCUUCAAACACUGGUGGGCUGCGGUCUGUCGGGCCCCACUUCCCCUCUGGCAUUUGGGGAGGCGGUGCUGGGUGCCAUCAGACGCAGCGCUGGGUCUGUGCAGAACAAGGAGCAGCUGUGGAGGAUGUGGAGUGUGAUGGUCAGCCCCCUUACCGACACCAUCACACAGUCAAAUGAAGUCAACCAAGGUGACGCUCUGGAGCACAACUUCAGUGCCAUGCACUCUGCCUUGUUGUUCCCCAUCACACAUCUACUAAAUGGCACACCACUACAGCAGGCGCCCCAGAAGUCGAUGCUGUCUUCGUGGUCCAAACUGUACAAAGUGUUCGCCCGCUGCUCUGCGCUGGUGGUCACAGCGGAGGAGAACAUCUGCUGCGAGGAGCUCUGUGCAAAGAUGACGGAUGCAAUAGACAGAGAAGCCCUAAUGGUUCCUUCAACAUUGAAUGCUGUGGCAAGCAUCCUCCAAGUCAUGGUGGAGUGUGUGGACUUCACGCCGUACACGACACAAUUUCAGCAGAAGCUGAAGUCCCCACACACUCCAGUAAACUGGAUGAAAAAGAGGAAUAAGGUCCUAGGGAAUCUGUCCACAUUCCAGUCCCUGCUGGUACAGUGUCUAGAGGUGUAUUUGGAGGGCCCAGAGGCUUCCUCUGAUGCCACAGGACUGGCCCUGGUCUCCAUUCUGUCUGCUCUCUUCACCAACCUCUCUCUCGCUAACGCUGUCAAAGAAGCUCUGACUUCUCUGAUUCAACCUCUCGCGCUCUUCUACAAACAAGCAGCCAGUGAGCCACCCAAAUUCUUCUCGCAGCUUCUGGGAAAGUUGGAGAAGCUUCUCUGUGAGGUUCUCGGCUGCCUUCAGACCCGCUCUACUUUGCCGUACGACGAUGAACUCCUGGCUCUACUUUCUCCUUUGCUUUGCGUGUCGUUUCCUCACAAGAACAAGCAUCUCCGCACGUCAGUCAAUCAGUUCUGGAACUCCACUUUCGGCAACUCAGUCACUCUCACGUACCCCAAUGAGAUCAGACCAAUAUUGAGCCAAGUGAAGCAGAAGAUCCCGAUCAUUCUUCCUGGCUUUGAGGUUGUCGGUGUUUCUGAUGACCUCAGUGGACCGUAUUCAAGCGAGAGUUCUCAGUUGGAGACCAAUCUCAGUGGGAUGGCCUAUGUGGGGAAGAGGGACUCACUGGUGGGAAAGGCUGCUGAGUUGAAGGACAGGAGCUCUGGGACCACCUCAAAGCCAGUUUCUACAAAGCUGGACUUUGGCUCCCCCAAGCCUCCCCGGAGAGGAGUUUUGGAGGAAGAGGCCUCCAUUGACUUUGUCUUCAUUCCUCCAGAGACAAAGGAGCGAGUUUUGACUGAGCACCAGAAGGAGGUGAAGAGGACUAAAAGGGUUGACAUCCCUGCCAUGUACAACAACCUUGAUGCUUCUCUGGAUACAACAGCCUUCACUCAGUACACACAGAGCCAAGAAGACUCUUUGGACAAACUGGCAACUGAACAAGCUGACAAGGUUACCAAAGAGGCCCCUGGCAAGGUUCCUCAGGAAGAUGUGGAGGACACUAAAAUUCUAAGGGAAGACACUCAAGACUAUGCCAGCCCAAAAGCAGUAGAGACCAUUCCAGAAAACCACAAACCCAAAGAGAUGAUCCCCGAGUCGGCAGAUGUUUCUAUAGAGGAGGAUGUCAAUAGUGAUAAUAAAGCAGAAGACUUGGACAUGCAGUCUAAAGAAGGCACAAGUCCUAACAUCUCUGGUUCUUCUGAUUUGGUCUCAGGGACUCCCCAGAAACCCAACAGUCGCCGUCAGUCCUUUAUCACCCUUGAGAAGUAUGCUGAGGGAAAACCUGCCAGCCCCAGCAGUGCAUCCACAUUCACAGGUGUCCUCAUAAAGACCUCCAACAGCCAAGAAUGCUCUAAGACCAACAAGAAGUCUUCCUCUCAGGCCUCCCUGACAUUGACUGGUCCUAAUUCGCAGGAUUCCCAGUCCUCAAGGGCAGGGAAAGUGGACUCACAGUGUCCUGUAAAUAAUUCCCUUGAGUCCCCUGUAAGGCCAAAAGACUCUGUGACAAAGCAUGGGCCAGUAAGGCUGAUUGAGAGACUGCCCAGCGAACCAACGGAGGAUGUAGACUUUAUUCCGGACACCCAGACUAAAAUGGAGGACAAAGAGGGUACAAAAAUGGCUUCCUUAUCAGAGGAAAUGAAACCUUCAAGCCAGGACGAGGCGUCUGAACCAACUCUGGAUGAUUCUCAAUCUUCUGGGAAUUCUUCAGGCGAACCCAGACGGUCUGGACGCUACAGGGUCCGACCUCUGCUGCCUGGAGAGGACCCUGAGGAACGGGAAGAGAAAUACUUGCCGUUAAAAAGGAGACGUUCUGGAGAGGAAUCCAAAAGUGAUUCUCCAAAGCAGAGCUCAACGCAAAACAGACCAAACACAAGAGGUCGGCAGGCUGCUGAAGAGGACAGUGGCAGAGACAGAUUACGAACGAGGGCCCAGAGGGACAAGAGUGAGUCAAGCCAAACUAACUCUCAGGGUAGAGCACACAAGAAGAUGAAACUGUUCAGAAAUUCUGAGAACUUCCUUGAUAAACCUGAACCCAAAAGGAGAAGCAAUAGAGAGCUUGAGUCCAGCCAAACAGACUCUCAAUCGGAUUUGGAAAGCCAGUCACAGGGUAGACAAAGACGGCAGAGCAAAUUGGAAAUCAAGGAGGAUGGUGGAAUGAAGAAAAAGGUUUUGCCUAACAAAGAAGAGUCCAGCCAAACUGACACACAUGAGCUUACGCUUGUAGAACUGGCAGAAAAGGAUGCUGAUAAGGAAGAUUCUCAAAUGAUCACUCCAUCCCCUCAAACUGGUGGCAAAUCCCAAGAGUUUGAGAUUGUAGAACAGACUGAAAAAGAUGGUGAUAAGCCAACGAAAGAUUCUAAAAUUGUUACUUCUCCUCAAAUUGUUGGCCAAUCCCAGAGUCUUAUAGAAAAGACCAACAAGGAAAAGAGAGAUUCUGAGGUAGUCACUUCUUCUCCAACUAAUGGCGAGUCCCAAGAUACAACAAGCACCACAAAGAAGUUGGUGAAUGACUCUGAGGUAAAAGACAAACGCAUGGCAAGUGAAAUCACCGAUGACAACCUGAGUCAAGAGGACUCUCAAGGGAUCACACCCUUGUCCACAGACAGCCAGUCUAGGCGUAGAUCCAGACGGAGCAAGGCAUUGUCUGAGGCUGCAGAGUCUGAAGAUAAAAGUGAAAAUAGGAAUUCAUUAGAAAGGCAGACUAGGUCAAAUUCUCAGUUGGCAUUGACAGCUGUUGCUCAGUCAGAGGGCAGCAUUGGAGGUAGGACCAGGAGGAGCAAGGUACAAGAGGAGCAGUCAACAUCAAGUCCUAGCUCAACCCCAGAGAGUUCUCAGUCAUUAGAUACUGCGGGAUCAAGUUCUUCCCGGGGCAGGGGUAAAUACCCAAAAAGGAGAUCUUCUCAGGUGUUAGCCAGUAAAGAGUCUUCAGAGUCUGAAUCCUCAGAGGCCAAAGAAAGUCCCCCAAUGCCCAAAAAGAGAGGACGAAAACCUCGAGCCUCUCUUCCAAGUCCUCUCACUCUUGAAUCUGGAGACAAAAUUAAUAACGAUAUAGUAAGUGAUUCACAAAGCAUAGAAGCUAAAGCUGAUAUAGAGGAAUCUCAAGAUUUGCAGUGUUCUGAAUUACUUCAGGUUACGCACAAUAUUGAGGUGCAAAGUAAUGCAGAAUCACCAAUGGAGGUGACUGGUGACUCUUUUGUAGAGAAAACUGAAACGGACAACCCAAACAAUAGUGAAUCGCUCAGUGUGUCUCCUCACAACGAGCAAACACAAAAGGAGUCGAACAUUGAAAAUACUUCCUCACAGGAAGCUGACAAUAAAGACAUGUCAUCUGCUGAAAUGAUUGAAUCAGUUGCGAUCAGUACAGAACAAACUCGGGAAGAGUUGCUCUGUGACCUUUCUGUGUUAUCUGCUGUGGACACAGUGGCGUCCCCUGAUGAAACGACAGAGAAACUGCAGGCCCCAGAAAUUUCACAGGAGAAUUAUGUAGAAGUGUCUGAGCCUGUUGACAAUGUUACAGAAAAACAAAAUGAUUCUAAUUUAAACCAGGCACACCCAGUUGUUCCAGUGGAGGAUACAGCUGAAGACAUUCACAGUACCACUUUGGUACCGAACCAGAUGGAGUGUCCAAAUGUUGGUGAUCAUUUUGCAAAGGAGGAGAAACAGUCUACCUCCAACGAACAAGGCAAGUUGACAAACCAACAGACGGAGGCUAGUGCCGGUGAGGACAUCACACCUCUACAGGAGAGCAAUAAACACUGCAACACUCAGAUUGUGGAGUGUCAGGAUGAAGAGGAAACUCAGACUGCCAACACUGCGAACGAUGUAGUUGCAAAUUUGGAUGCUGCACAGGAUGGUAUUUGCAAUGCUUCAGUUUUACCAGAAACUACAAACGACAAUGUUUUCCUGGAUUCUCCAGUGAAGCAGAAAGACCUGGAGGCUUUAAUUGGGGCCGAAAUUGGCCAAAGCCCCAGCAGUGGUGGCAAGCACCGAGGAACCUGGUCUCCUUCAGCCUCCCCAUCGACCAGUAUUCUUAAGAAGGGCCUUAAGAGACCCCUAGAAGAGGAGAGUCCCUCCCCUCUUGUCAAAUCCAGGCGUGUGUCUUUUGCUGAUCCAAUCCAACAUCAGGAAAUAGCAGAUGACAUUGAUCGUCGCAGCCCUGCUAUAAGAACCAGCUCCCCCAGAAGAUCCAAAGUUAGCGCCAUACCACAGCCUAAGUACGUCACUACUCCAACAAAGGGUCUGCUGAUCCUGAGUCCCAGAAAUCUGCACAGUCCAGGUUACAAGAGCUCCAAGAAAUGCCUGAUUUCUGAAAUGAGCCAAGAGCAGCGGCCUCCAGUCUCAAAAGACUGUAUCUACCCGGCCCUGGUUGGCUGCUCUACACCUGUAGAAGCUGUGCUGCCUCAGAUAUCCUCCAACAUGUGGUCUCGUGGGUUUGGGCAGCUUGUUCGAGCCAGAAACAUCAAAACUGUUGGUGACCUCAGUGCUCUCACUCCCAGUGAAAUCAAGACUUUGCCAAUUCGCUCCCCCAAGAUCUCAAAUGUCAAAAAGGCACUGAAAAGCUAUGAACAACAGCGUAAAGGACGAGGGGGCGAUGAGUUGAAGAGUUUGGAUGAAAUGGAGAUGACAACCUCUGAGCUGGAGAACAGUGUUCCUCAAAACCUGGAUGAGGAGGAUAAGACCUCAGGAGAGACACUAGCAACAAUGCUGGUGAACGAGCCCGUUAAUGCUGCUUGGGGGCCGGAGCUAGAUGGCCUCGGGAAUCAGACACCUGACACACCUGCUGGAGAACAAAGACCUGGAGGGCAGCUGCACCCUGAACAGCUGCUGUCAGAUGUGGAGGCCCUGACCAACAGGAUGACGCCUGUUGAACUCAGCCGCUGCUCCCCACAGCAGCUUGUUCAGAUCCACGAUCAGUUAGGAGGCAUGAUGAGGCACUUGGUUGUCGAGCUGCAAACACGCCUCUGCCAGACCGAUGAGAAACCCUGAAGAGACUUUAGAUGGAUCAGACGGAUGCAUAGCUGUUGAAAUGGCACAUAA